AUGUUCAAACGUCAACUGUUAAAUAUAAAAUCGCGAGCAAUUUUUCAAUCUUGACACUGAAUUUAUCUAAGAUACAAUAUGAGUGGUAUUAGGGGUGCCCAUGAGUCCUGGGGUUCUUAUCGGACAACUAUUGUUUUUUUGUUAGACGCGCAUGUUUGAAAUUUCAACCUGUUUUUAAUCUAUUUAAGUCAUGUAGGACUGAGGUGCAAACAUACAUGUAAAAAUUACAUGACUAACAUGUUCAAAUAUCCCCAGUGGCCGGUCUUGAACUUUUUGUCCCGGUCCCCACACCCCACCCCACCCCCACGCACAUACACACACUCCCAAAGUAUGUAGUCUUGAAUUUUUAUCCGCUAAAUAAAUUCCAAGAUUUGCCUGUAAGGCAGAAUUUCUGAUCAAUUGUGUUGUUUUAUUGCUUUGAAAUCUCAUGAAUGUUUGGCUUGUGCAAGUUUAUUAUCUUGAAUGUCUGCAUUAUGGAUAGUUAGAAUGUUUGCCAGCAAAAUUUAUCAAACGGGCCCGAACAUGGGCCCUUAAUAGAGGCCAUUUUUAUAAGACAUUAUUUAUGGGGACAAAACAUCAAGACCAACCCUAAAUAUUUUAGGGCGAAAGUUCCACUUCUAAUCCUACACAGCACAUCACAAUGGAACGUCGUUCAUGCAAACUGUAUGUUUGUGAGGAAAUUAUAACCAACAUAUUGAAUCGUUUGCCUUCGAAAUCGCUAGCAAGGUUUAAAUGCAUAUCAAAGGAUUGGCGAAAGUACAUUGCUGAAAUUUACCGUUGUCGUCUUCAGUGGCCUAAACCAUACCAACUCGGCUUCUUUUGCGUAGAGAAACGUUUGAAAAGUCGUUUCUUCUUCUCGUCGAAGGAGUCAUCACUUGUAAUCGGUACUAGUUUGGAUGAAUCAAUUAGUUUUAUCGGGGAGAGAGUGUAUGUUGUUGCUUCUUCAGAUGGUUUUCUACUAUGCAAUAAGCUUAAAAGCCGGCAGAGGAUUUAUUACGUUUAUAAUCCAGCCACAAGGCAACGUUUGGAUGUCCCUAAAACUCAAAUUCUUAUGGAUGAUCCAUAUGUUGGAUUUACGGUCAAGGAGACAGAUGGCUCUGUCUCCUUUACUAUAGUUCGCUAUGGAGUACAUCAGCCUUAUUUUCAUGACCUCCACUACAGUGUAACAAUUGAAAGUUUCUCUUCAGAAACAAAUAUUUGGACUGCAACUCUUGAUGCACCUAUUCGAUUUUAUCCUUCUAGGGAUGAGACUUCGUCAUCAUCAGCUUGUGCAGUCGAUGAAGUUUUCUGUUGGCUUUGUAAUGAAGCACACUGGGUGACUGUUUAUGAUAGUGUAAAAAAGUGUUUUUGGACUUUGGGAUUACCUGACCAGAUGUGGUUUUCUCGCGGUUCUGGUUGUCUUGGAUUAUCUGGUGGGGAACUCUGUUUUGCAUCGAAUAGUGGUACAACCAUCUCGUGUUGGCGACUCAACAAUUUUCCUAGUCGAGAUGCAGUCUGGGUUUGGAAGUAUAAUAUAGAUGUUGCUACUGUAGUUCAGAAAUGUCGAGAGGAUUUUGGACUUGGAGGAGGCAAUGCUCUUGGUUUUAAGGUUCGGAACAUGGUUUUUCAUCUUGCUCUUCCGGACAUCUUGUAUUUGCAAAUAAGAAGCAAGGUUAUUUCUUAUAACGUGAAAACGAGUACUGCAGAACUUGUGCAUGAAUUUGGAGAAGCUUGGCGGAAGACAGUACACUACAAGUUGUUUUCCUAUGAGUGGCCUCAAUGGCCGCCUCUCCAGUAGACCACCAACAGACUUGUAGGUUGCAAAAAUCUCAGAAAAGGGGGUAACAAUUUCUCGACAAUACUCAUUGAAGACUUUUUGGAACUUCUCCGCUUUCCAUAUCCAACUGUUGGUGCCGAGGGUUCAUAGUAAUAACUGACUGCUGCAUUGGCUAGGUUUGAUGAAGGAACUAUACAGGUAUCGUGCGUUCCAGAUUUUAGAAUUCGCUGUGUCUUCACGGAAGCGAUGUUUGACAGAACCUGUAUAAUUUGAGGUGUCUAUGGUAUUUCUAGGCUUUUUGCUUGUGUAAACUAUAAAGACAUGCCGCCUUAUGCUUCGCUUUUUCUUCCAAAUUUUAUACUGUGUUGUGAUAUAUUGCAUAGCCUACAAUUUAUUUCUUA